AUGAGGCUCGUCCAUCCUGUCUCCCCGUCUGAGUUUCGCCAGCUCAUCCAGCGCACCAUCCCGCCCACCGGCUGGUCACGCCGCAUCGCCGUCGCCCAUUCGGGAGGCCCCGAUUCCACUGCGCUGCUCUAUCUGCUCACAGUCCUCGCCCAAAACACCCCACGCAGUCGUGAUGCCCCGGAGACGCCGUCUCUGCCGCUGGAGGUGCUGGCCAUCCACGUCAACCACGGCCUGCAGUCGCUCGCCGGUAAGAUGGAAGACAUCGCCACCAGUACGGCUACCAGACUAGGCGCCACGUCCGUCACAGAGAGAAUCCCGUGGGGCGUCGCGCCCUUCCCGGCGAAGCCCGCGGAGGGCGCAGCCGCCGAGAAACUCGCCCGGGACGCGAGGCAUGGCCAGCUAUUCGCCGCCAUGCACGCGAAUGACACCAAGCUCAUCGCCUUCGCCCACCACGCAGACGACCAGGUCGAGACCUGCAUCAUGCGCAUGGCCAAGGGCAGUGGCAUGAAGGGCCUCGCCGCCACCCGCCCCGUCAGGCGGUGGGGAAUGGGCGACUCCAGCCUUCCCUACGCCUCCUUCGGCGCGCUAGGAAUGGACACCUGGAUCAUUCGACCGCUCCUGCAGAUCCCCAAAGACAGGCUUUUGGCGACGUGCGAGGCCAACCGCCUUGACUACAUACACGACCCGACCAACUUCCAGCCCGAAGUGACCCUGCGGAACGCCAUCCGUGGCGCCCUCAGAGGGGACACAUCGGCCUCAGCCCCAGCUCCUAUCAACAUCGCCGCCCACACCGCCACCCUGCGCGCCGCGGCCCCACACGUACCCCCCGCCGACCAGCUCCGCGAGGCCGUCCGCCUCUUCGGCGACCUCCACGAGCAGGCCGAAGCCGCCGCGACGACCGCGCUCGCCCGCUCCCGCCGCCCCUCGCCCGCCGCCACGCUCCUCCUCAGCGCGGGCGGCCUCGCCAUCACCACGGACCCAGACGCGCGCACCGCGAUCGUCCGCCGCUGUCUCCGCUUCUGCUCGCACGGGCCCUGGGGCUCGCUCUGGGCCGAGGCCAACGGGGACAGCGCGACGCUCGGCCGGGUCGUCGAGCGCUUCUGGCCCGCCCAGCACCACUCCCUCUCCGCGCGCGAGCUGAAGCCGUUCACGAUGGGCGCGGGGGUGACCGCCAUGCCCGUAGCCCUCAGGCCAGAUGGUGUGGUGUUCCGCGCGCCCAAGGGGCGGUCGGAAGGGCUCGGAUGGCUGCUGCACCGCAGCGUGCCGCACCGGGUCCAGUUGUCUUCUACCCCCGCGGCGCUCAGCAGAGGCGCGCCGACCGAGGGGGUCGAUGUCACGGACAGGCUUCUCGAGGCGCUGGAAAGCGGGGGUCGUUCACGGUACGAGAUGCUUUUCGACCACAGGUUCAAGAUCGUGUUUGAAGUGGGCGAUAUGCCCAAGCAUAUCGGUUGGGCAAUGGCCGGCGGAGAGAGAGUCCGAGUGGAAUUCUAUGGCCAAUGGCAGCUUCCUAGGGUGGUGUAUGGUGAGGAUGCACUUACGAUGGAGGUCGGGAAGUGUCUCUGGAAGCUACCAGGGUGGACGAACACACCACAGAAUACGACCCGGUCGAAGAAGUGGAUUCAAAUGGAGUUCGUUCGGUCACUGGAUGCAGUGUAG